UUUAUUUGACAUUUCUGGUUAUUUCGACUUCAUUAUAAUCCGAUGUGAAUAUAUUUUUUUAUUAAAAAUUGCAUAAAUUAGUGUUCCAACGAUAAACAGUAUAAUGACUUAACUACAUAAAUGGUUAAAGUGUUGCGCGAAUCAAAUAGCAUCGUAAGCAAGUGAGAGCUGCUGUCAAUAAUAAACAUUCAUCAUUAUGACGUCACUAAGACGAUAACAUCACACACAACACAUGAGAUUGCUACAAAAAAAAAAUGUUUAAUGUAUGAAAACUGGAUUGAACACUACAAAGUAUUAGACUUGAACACCAUCCCAUCGUUUAUCGGUCGAAGGAACGACAAUAAAAAUGAUAACCAACAAGACGCAUAGAUUGUUAUUGGGUGUGUUCCUAUUGCUGCUUGUCGACGUGAUUUGGGUCGGUUCUAGUGAACUGACUAAGUUUCUCUAUGAAAAUGAAAGUUUCGACAAGCCAUUCUUUUGCACAUAUUUUAAGACGUCGAUGUUUACAUUCUACUUGGUUGUACUCGGCUUGAUUGCACCAUGGAAGGAGUCCUGUGGACAAAAUGCGAAUAACAAUUAUACCUUAAUGGACCAAAACCUCGAAGAUGACAGUUUUUUCGCAAGUGCAAAUGGAUUGAGCGAUUCCACAUUCGUUCCGAUUAAAACGGAAACCAUAUCCGGCACCGAAAGUGAUGAGUCCAGCAUCCGUAGUGUGCGAUUCAGUAAAUUAGCUGAAGUCAGGGAAAUGUCUCCGCAUGAAGCCGGCGAGGCGUUGAUGUCCAGACUGUCCUAUUCGGCAAGCAUUCGGGUUCGACGUCAAAAAACGAAUCACAAAACAGCCCGAACUGCAUUAAUGUUCUGUGUGCUGGUGAGGAAUACUGAAUGUGCAUUUGGGUUGUCGGGCUCGGUUUAUAAAAUUGAUUUGAUUUUCCAGUGGUUCAUCGCCAACUAUUUAUUCCAAUUGGCACUGGAGCCAAACGAGACUGCAAUUGUUACACUUUUAAGUUCCACUUCCAGUUUUUUUGUGCUAAUUCUGGCUGCAGCUUUUCCGUCAUCCGGAGGGGAUAAACUUACAUUGUCUAAAUGUUGCAUAGUUUUAAUCAGUUUCGCUGGAGUGAUAACGGUGACGAUAUCCGACAUCGAUGGCACCGAUGUGACCAAGGGCAUUGUGUUAGCACUUUUGAGCGCAUUUUUCUACGCUGCAUAUUUAGUAUUAGUUAAGCACAAGAGUGAUACGGAAGAGAAAAUUGACAUUCCGUUGUUUUUCGGUUUUGUUGGAUUGUGGAAUCUCUUACUGAUGUGGCCAGUAUUUUUCGUAUUAAAUUUUACUCAAAUCGAAACGUUUGAGUUACCCAACAAACGCCAAUUUGUGGUGCUAUUUUUGAAUGGAUUCGUUGGCACGGUGUUGUCCGAAGCAAUUUGGCUGUGGGCUUGCUUCUUAACAUCAUCACUGACUGCGACCAUUGCAGUUACUCUGCAAAUUCCGUUGGCCAUAUUGGCUGAUGUCAUAUUUAAAGAUAAGGAAUUUCCACUUCUAUUCUACAUGGGCUCGCUACCAAUGUGUCUGUCGCUAAUUCUGGUGGCAAUUUUAGUGAAGAACGAGGACUCAGAUCCGUUACUACGAUUCUUUAAAAUUAUCUACCGCAAAGCAUGCCACUGUCGACGAGCUAGUGUUGUGAGAAUACCGGAUUUGGAGGAACAGCAUGAGUCACUGAUUGAUAGCCAUGACAAUUAAUUCCGUUUCUUUUUUUGUCGAUUCCAAAACUAAUACAGUGAUUUGUGACUUGGUUUUUCUUCAUCGUUUUGACUCUCACUCAAAUGAUAAUUGACAUUUUUUUGCAUUGAAAUUUAGCUAGAAUUUACAAUUUAACUGUUAGUGUUGAGAUGAAAAAUAUGAUUAUGAUGGAACUGUAUAUGUUCUUAGAUUUAUUGCUGUGAUUAGUGAUCAUUCGUAAAUAAUUCUAUUCGUUUGUAAUUUGUCGAUUUUAUUUAACCGAAAUGUGAAUAAAAAAUUUUAUUUUUUAAGCUCCCAGCAUGUAUUUGUCGAAUGUAAUUUUUUUUUAAAUUAAAUUAAA